AUGCCACCGCCUGGCCUCCUGGGCUCAGGUCUGCUGGCUUCCCGGGAACACGGAGGUGGUAUCAUCUUCACCUUCACGGAGGUGAAGGUCACCCUGGGCUCUCGGAGGGUCCAGGGAGUGUCCUUGUGGGGCGGGUGGGUGGUAGAUGAACUCUUUCUGGAAGGUCUGGGUCAGAACACUAAUGAGCAUCCUCCUCCAGGCCUCCCCCCCCGGCCCCGGCACCCAGGUGGUCUGCGGGCAGUGGCUCUUCCCAGCCCUUUUUUGGGGACACUGGUCUCCGUAGCAUCCGUGCUCAAUGACGCAUUAAUAGUGCACACCUGUCCUUGCUGCUGUGCCCUCCACAUCCAGCCACCCUCCAGGAGUCACCUUGAUGUGCAUUUGAGCUCGUUCACAGCCAUCUCAGCAGAUUUGGCCACACCUAGAAGAUGCUCUCAACCGCGUUGUGUAGACUGUUAUCCAGUGCAGCCUUGGAAGAAAGGCUUCACAUCUACUCUUUUCCUUCAUAUUAAUAGAACAAAAUUGCGUACUGAGCCGGGGGUAUCCUGCAGGGCUUGGGGGCUUGUGGGGCUUGGAGAGUGGGCCUCCCAAUGCAGGGGGCUGGAACCCAGGCAUCCCUGA